UAAAUAGUGUUUAAUUAAAUCCAAAUUUAUCUAUUGAAAUUUUUGUGUUGGGCUAAUUAAUGUUUGAAAAAAAAGUCGACCAGUACUAACAAAUGCAACCCUACGUACAAGGAAAGAGAAAACAAAGCACGUAAACUUUAUUGUAUGUCGUACUUCGUCCACUACACAACAAUUUUACGCCGUUGAAGCGAAAAUUUUUGUUGCGCUGAUAUUCUUAGGAAAUGUGAAAAAUUAUAUUGUGAAAAUAACUAUAACUCUUUGCUAAAGUUGGUUUUGUAAUAAAAUUUAUUGCGAAUAGAUUAAAUGUGAAAUUUAUAUCGUGAAAAAUUUGUGAUCCUAAAAAAAAAAAACAAUGAAAAAUUUUCCAAUCUGCGAGAACCGCAUACGCGGUAAAUUAUAUAUUUCCAUCUCUUUUGUGCAAAUGUUAUCUCUCCUAUCCGAAUCUCACGUAGAAUGGUAUCUAGUAAGCGACCAUAAGUGUGACUAAGAAAGGUUUAUAUGCGAAUAGGAAUAAAUAAAUCACUGAAAAGAGAUUCCUGCUAGUCGAAGGCGCGAAAAACUCGAAACUAAAAGAACAGAAAAAAUAAACCAAAAUUGCAAGUUUUAUAUUAUAAAAAUAUAUAAUAAUUAAUAUACAUGAUAGUACAGUAAACGUUGAGAUUACAGUUAAAAAAUUGUGUGUUUGUGUUUGUCUGCAGUUGGUCGGACUAAAAGACCAAGGAAAUGCAUUUUUAUGACUGCUGUGAAAGAGUUGAAAAUAUGUAAUUGUUACGAAUGAGAUGAUGUAAACAAUGAAUAAAUAAGAAAUAAUACAACAGCGAAAUAAUAAAGUGGCACCGAAAAACAAAACAUAAGCAGAUAAAUCAGAUAUCGAAGUUGCGGAAGAUAUGAACAAAACUCAAAAUCAUAAAACCCAAACAAAUAAAGAUGAAACAAGUGAUGAAACUGCGAAGAAGCCUACACAUAAUUCAGCUAUCAUAACCAAUGAAGAAGAUUCAAUUAAUAAUGAGAAUAUAUCGGUAAAAAAACAAGAAGUCUUAUUAAUAAAAGUCACUGAAAGCAAUGAGUGCUCCAAAACUCCAAAGCUGGAAGGAAGUGCAAAUAAAAAUUGUCUUAAUUUUAAAGAGACCAAAAGUGGAGCAAAUUCAAAUGAUUUAAAUGAAUUUGAGGACUCGCAAGAUGCUGUCGAGGAUGACGAAAGUCAGAAGGAAGAAGCAUCAACAGCUGACGAUGACAACAGUCUUUCGCCCUCAAGACAAUCGCAAUCACCCCCACUUAGAGACACAAAAAUUGCGACAUCAAGUGCAUCCAUUGCUUCGGCAAUUGGGGUAGCGGCUUCCGUAGUUGUGGCAGCAGCCGGUAUAAGAGCUUCUAUUCCAGAUACAAUCUUGUCGCCACCCAAGUCAGAAACACAAACAGAUGAUGCAAACACCGCUACAUCAUCCUCAUCCCCAGCAUCGGAUUCUCAGCUAUCGCCGAUGAUUACCGAAGCCUCUAUUGCGAGCAGUGCAGCACUUACCCCAACUACACCACCAGAAGCACCAGAAAUGUCUGUCUCAAAUAAUAGUGGAGAGUCAACACUGUCUAAGACAGCUACCAAGAGGGGUGCCACCGAUAUUGACCCAGUUGCGGAAGGUGGUGGCAAACGCGUUAUACAACCGAUUAAUCUUGUUGCAAACGGCACCAUACCCAAAUCUAGUGGGAAACCGUUAAUGUCGGCCAUGAAUAAAAAAUUGAAAGAAAAAACUACACGUGCACCACGACAAAGGAAACUAAAACCUACGUUGCCUAUGUACGAAAGCGAGAUAAGCGACAAUAAAACAGGAAUCAAAUUAUGUAUAAAGAAAUCAGAUUCUACGGGCAAUUUGGCUGCUUCAACAGGCAUUUUAGUUCCAACUGUUACGGCGAAAUCGGUAGAGACUGCAGCAACUACUGCACCUAAGCAGACGCGCAAACGUUCCCGCAAAACGAAAUCAAAGGCACGCGUCGAUGACGACGAAAGUGAGCCUGAGGUAACGCCGGUAAAGCGUGGGAAGAAUAAGGCCAGAAAUGCAGAACGUCAGAAGAAAGUCUCUUUUAGUGGCAUCGAAGAACAAGGCGAGAAACAUCGAGCCACAAUUGAGCAAGGCGAUUGGGGCGCACGCAUCCCACAGGAAAUACUCUUUAAGAUUUUUGAAAUUCUAGUUGAUCGUGAAGGUUGUUUGCCAACACUUUGUCGACUUGGUCGUGUUUGUACACUGUGGCGAAAUGUUGCGCUAACGCCAUCAUUGUGGAAAACUAUGGAUCUAUCUACGUGGAUAAAGGACAAAUAUCGCACCGAACUCAAACUAAAAUGGUUUGUAGACAAUCGAUGUAGCGAGUGCACAGAAUUGAACGUUGCCAACUGGAAAAUGUCGGAUAUAAACUGCUUUCUAAACAAAUUGGCGGUCGGUUGUCCAAAUUUAACGAGCAUUACACUGUCAGGUUGGAAAGGUUUCACUUCAGAUCAUUUGGCUUAUUUAGCAGAAAAUAUGCAAAAACUGGAACGCCUUGAUUUGAGUUCUGUUAAUGUGGAAAUGAAUGCGAGUAAGAGCGCAGUGGGCCCACAAUCGCUGUGCAAUGCAUUACAAAUAAUGAAUAAACGUUUAACGCAUCUCUAUUUGGCACAUAAUCGGCUGGCCGGGAUCCCACAAAUAGUCGCUACUUUGGCUACACAUUGCCCCAAUUUGGUGAACUUAGAUCUCUCAAAUGUUACAACACAAGCGACUUCACACGGCAUCUUUCACAUUGAAAAGCUUCAGCAUGGCUGCCCGAAAUUAAAAGUACUACGAGUCACGAAUUCACAUAUAACAUGGGGGAAUGCAACACUGCAAGAAACGAUGGAUUCGCCAGGUUUCCCAGAGCUCGAGGAACUCUCGGUGGCAGCUUUAACGGAUGAAUGCCGCGUUAUCGGUGAUGACCAUUUGCAGCGCGUAUUGAAAACCAGUUCAAAACUAAAACUCUUGGAUGUGCGCGGUUGCGCACGACUCACACACGAAAGUCUUAUACGCCUACCUGCAUGGGACAUCAAGCAUUUAUUUUUGUCAUUUUGCUCAGUGACACGUGAUGUUGGCUCCGGCCUCGAGUUGAUCGCUUCAAAAUGGGCUCAUAGUCUUAUAGAAUUAGAUUUAGCUUGGGCGAAUGUGCAGCAGCCACUUGACAAUGCAUUACGUGCAUUAGCCGAAAAGGGCAGCGAAUCGCCAUUAGCGCAUUUGAAUCUCUGUGGUUCAUCGGUUUCAGAUGAAGCAGUCAAGGAAAUACUUGCGAACUGUGCGCACAUGAGUUCAAUAAAUCUCUCAUCGUGUCGUGGUUUACCGCGUGGUGUCAAACGUCUCAUGCAAGGUCAGCAAGAGUUACAAGAACUGCGUGAAGUGCUUAAGGUGCAGAUGAAAGUGAAAUUGCCCGCUCAAAUAAAGCAAGAGCAAGAGGAGGAGGAGCGACGGAAGCGCUCCGAACACUGCGUCGCAACUACUGAUGCUGAUAGCGGCGGUGGUGGCAGUAAUGUUCAAUCUAAUUGAAAUAAAGACGUUACAUCACACAAAAUUAAAAAGCAAAACCUGUGCGUUAAUAUGAAAAAAGAAUUAGUAACAAACAAAAAUUAUUUUUAACACAAGGAGUAUAAGUUUGUAGCUUAAACUAAAACUAUGAACGCGAAGAAUAACUUCAAUUAAUAUUAGAUUUCAUUAUGAAGUAUGACCUUUUUCAGUUUAACUAUUAUUAGCACAUUCAAAAGAAGCGCUAAUUGACGAUUAAGCAUUAAAUUACCUGGAUUUAGGUGUUUUCUAGAAACGACACAGUGUGCAAAUCUUCUGCUGCUGGUGGCAGAAAGACAUUAAAUUUACGUAUUUUAGCAUUAAUGCGUGCAAAUUUUUAUAUAUGUAUGUAAUUUUUUGUGCAUCACACAGGUAGCUUCCAAAUUAAACACGGAAUUGUGUAACUAUUAUGUCAUUUGGCACUACUUUAUAACUUAACUUUUAUAUAUUCCUACAUUUAAGUAAGGCUUUAAGUCACCGCUUAAAAAUUGAUUUAUAUUUUUAUUUGGUCACAUUUAUACAAUUAUAUAUACAUUUGCAAUAUACAUCUACACCUAUAGUCGCUGGAAUCCCCGCUAGUGUUAAUUUUUUAGUUAUACAAUUUGGAAAUGUUUAAGAAAAGAACGUAUUAAGUUUUGUUUACAGUUAUAAUUGCUACGAAUUUUCAGUGAAAUUAAAACAUUUUUGGUUACUUUAAAAAAUAUAUGUAAAACCGUAAACAUUGCAAAGAAAAUUAUGUUAUUACAUGUAAAAUAUUAAUAGUAUUAAGCGAAAAUAUCGAUUUAUUCGAUAAAAAUUAUCGAACGUUAUGAAAUCAGUCAGUUAUUUACAUAUAUUCUAUGAUUAAAUUGUACUCUAUACACACAUAUAAUUUUAAUUAUAUUAUAUUUUCUAUAUAUGAUAAUCCUUUGCAAUUUAUAAAAAUCAUAUACAAAAACUCACCUCAAAAGAAAUAAAUAAACGGAAUGUUUAACAAAAGUUAAUUGGUAUGAUUUUCUCAAAUAAUAUUUAGUUAGCAUUAAAAGCCGAUUAAAGUAACGAGUUUUUUAUUUAAAUUGAAAAAUAAUAAUAUUCAGAAGUUGUAUUUGAAUUAAAAAUUGUAUAACUAUCUAACUUGUUGAGCGUGUGAGCACAAUAUAAUAAGUCUUGUUUAUAAAUUAAAUUGUGGUUAGGUCAAUAGGCAUAAAUUCAUUUCAAGUUUUCAUUUAUAAAAUGACGCCGGCCUACAGUACCACUCUUUCGCUAAAUCGUCGGGCUUAUAUAAUAUUUGCUUUAAUUGUUGUAAUUUAAAAAUUGAAUUUUUUCUUGUCUAUGGGCACAACGGCGAAAAAAUAUGUAUUUCAAAAUCGUUUAUGAAAGCGAUAACUUAUCAUGAGUAUGAUUAAUUAAAGCUUAAGUUAGCUUUUUUCAAAAAUUUCACGAAAAUGCCCAUUACGAGUAUAACUGUAUAUCUUUUUUAAUAAACAUAUGUAAUUACUUCGCUUUUAUAACCUUUAGUAUACAUUAACCAAAUGAAAUGUUGUUUGAGAUUUUUUUUCAUAAAAUGAAAUGCAUUAAUUUACAUUUUGUUAAAUAUAAGUAUAUUUGAGCUGAAGACAUGUCUUAAGCGGAAUGAUAAAAUGUAAUAUUCCACAAGUGCUUGGAAUUUGUAAAUAAAACAAAAGCAAGUGAUGCAAAUAGUGCAAUUUUCAAAAUUAAAGCCACAAUCUGCUUCUCUAGUUUUAUGAUUUUGUUUUACACAAUCAACAAUUGUAUUAAUAAUAAAAAAUUGUUAAACCUUAAUAUUAAUAUUGAAUAAGCAUUUAAGAAUUAAAAGUGCAUAAUAUUUAAUUUAAAUAAAAGAAACAUUUUAAAUACAA